UAUUCUAUUUUUCAGAUUUCAGCGCAAAAAUGUAAACAAUUCCAAUGUGUUUGUUAUAUAUGCCAAUUAUUUACAAAAUUAUUUCCAAAUAUGGGUGGUAAAAGUUAUUUUUGUGAUUAUUGUCGUUGUUAUAUGAAAAAUGAUAAGAAUGUACGGAAAACUCAUAAUGACGGUUUAGCCCACAACAUCAUAAAAGCAUCCAUUAUGAAGAAAUAUGAAGAUCCGCGUAAAAUUUACGAGGAAGAAAUGAACAAAGAACCAUGUACGCGAUAUAUGAAAGGUUUUUGCAAAUACGACUUAUACUGUCAGUUUUCACAUUUCAAUGAGACUCAGUUGAAGGAAUUAAAAGAAUUGGUUGAAAAUUUAAAUACAAAGUCAAAUUUAAGACAGACUACUACUAAACCAAAAUUACCUGUAAAAUCAAAAGUUUUAUUUAAACUACCUUGGCAAAAUAAAAUUUCAAAAAGAUCUAUGAAAUUGUUACCAGCAAAGUUACCACCAUCAUUAAGACCUUUAAGUUUUAAAAAAUUAUCAAAUUUAGAUGUAAGUAAUAAUAAAUGGGGUUGA